UUAAAUCAUAUUUGGGACAUAUUUUUUAUAUUUUAAAUCGGGUUUAUAUAGGUUUUAAAUUUCGAUAGUGUCAGAUUUUUGGUUAAAAUUAUUAAAUUAAAGUUAUUGAGAUUGCUCUAGUUUCAAAUGUGAUGUCUUAUGGCAUUUCAGGCAUGAGUCAUUUUGAAUGCAGGUGAUUCUGGUCUCCAGUUAUUUUGAAUUUAAAUUUUUUUAUUUUUUUAUAAAAAUACAAAUUUAGGCAGAUCGAAUUUUAGACGAGUCAAAUAAGUUUUUUUACAUUUAAAUCAAUCACAAUGAUCUCUAUUAAUUCAUAUUCAUUUCAUUAGUCCCCUACCAUAUUUAUCAAAUAUUAAAGACAUUCUACCAUUAAUUUUUUUUUCUUUUUCUUUUAGGACUAUUGCCAAUUUUAUCAUCACACAACUAUAUCUACUACUUAUAGUUUUAUAAUAGAAGUCGAGGAAAAAUUCAAAGCUAGUCAUAUAUCAUAAUGGUGUGAUUUAUUUACUUUGAUAUAAUCUUGAACAUAGUUUAAGUCCGGCCUAACAUGUUGGCCUCUUAUAAUCGUCUCCAAUUCCAACGGAACCUAGUAAACCCUCUUUUCACCCUUCUUUCCUACAAUUGUCUCAACUCUUCCUCCAUUUCUCUCUCUCUCUGGAGAAACAAGUUAAUGGGGGACUUGAAAGCAUUGGCAAAGGCUAGAAUGGAGCUUGAAGAAUUGUACUUGGGAAUCCCAGAUGAUUCGGUGAACCUCACAUUCCAAGACCUUGCAAAUGUACAAGAAAAUGCACAGGAAAAGAAGAAAUCCACAACAAUGGAAACAAUUCAAGAAAACAAGUCCCUUAAACAAGCUUCUCCCCUAAACAAAUUGCCUAGCCUUGACUUCAAUAGAGCUUUACAAGAAUCCAAGAAUCAUAACCAUCAUCUUUCUCAUCACCUAGAUGAUCACCAUGGUGAGUCCCAUAAAUCAGGUCAAGGACACCACCGCCAUCACAACCACCACGAUGUGGUAGACAUGCAUGAUUCGCAUGCUCAUCACCAUCGUCUAUAUGGUUAUGGUGAUCCUCCAAGCCACCAUGUCCAUGCAGAGUUUAGGCAGUCAGUUGAGAGUAGCAGGGCUUAUGAUGAUACGAGUGUCAUGAGCAUGAAUUCCACGUAUCAAGAAAGAGGUGGAAGAUCUCGCCGGCCAGGGAUCCCGCACUCCAAUAUUUGUACUGUCUGCUCCACUUACAUCUAUAUUUUCAGGCACCGAUGUUUGGUAUGUGGAAGAGUAUAUUGCAGGAAUUGCGUGGGCAUAGGAAUGGGAGAAAUGUCGGAAGGAAGAAAAUGUAUCCAGUGUUUAGGGAGACGGUUCAGCCAAAGGUACAUACAAAGGGCAGGGAUGGUGGGGUGUUGUUCAAGGUAUCCAAGCACUGUAAAGCAGGCAGAGCUCAAGUGGGCGGAGAAAGGACCGAGAAGAAGUGGCGACAGGGCGUAUGGUCAUAACAGCAUGAUGUCCAGAUCAAGAAGCCCUGUCAACCCAAGGACUACUCCAACUAGGGCUCAUGUUAACAGCAAUCCACCCUCUUUUGUCUCUGGCUCACCCUACUCCCCUUAUUCUACUCAUCAUCAUCAUCUUCCAUUGUAGGGAAGAUGUCUUGAUUUUGCUAUCAUCAUCAUCUUCCAUUGUAGGGAAGAUGUCUUGAUUUUUCUCCACUUGAUGUCUCUUAAGAGCUUGUUUCCCUGUGUUCUUCCCAUUAUUAUUAUUGCUGAAUUUAUUUUUAUAAUUUUGUUUUCCUAAACUUAAUUCUGUUUAAGCAUUAUAAAUUCUUCACUUUUUUUCUUAAUUUUUUGGAAAAUCCCAGUUUGGAUCUGCAAAUUCUUGAAUUUUUUCGCUUUGGAUCUUAAUAUCUUCAUUGUAUUUUAAAGAAAUUUUAAAUCUUUAGUUUUGUCAUCUCUACAUUCUUUAUCCGAACUUUUAUUAAGAGUAUAAUAAGCAUAAUAAAUAUACUGAAUCUCUCAACUUUAGUUUGUUAAACCUUUAAAUGUUUGGAAUUUUUAUAAAAGUACGGGAAAGCAAGUGAAAUUGUUAUUUUUAUGGUCAAUUUUUUUUAUCUUUUUAAAAGAAAUUUUUAUAUAUAUAUUUUUUAAAAUUUUAUUAUA